AUGGCAGCCAUGAAGCGUGGGCGGCGUAGCAGAGCAACAUGCCAGGUCGAUACGUCGGAGCCGCUGAAGCAGGCUUCAGUGUCUGAACCUGAGCAAGAGGAGGUGCCUCUGCCGCGGCCGCCGAGCCGAAGCUCGCUGAUAUUGCGAGGCACCCGGUUGGGCUUGCUCCUUGGUGCCCCCACCGCGGGUGCUUUGGGUCUGGCGACUGGUGCUGCUGGCGGCGCGGCCUUCGGCACCGUCCUUGCGCCACUGACCUUUGGCCUCGGAGCCCCUGUGUGCUCUGCUUUCUCGGCUUUUGUCGGGCUGAUCUUCGGUUUCUUCUUGGGUGCCAUGGGCGGCGCUGCCUUUGGCGGCUUCUUGGGUGCCUGUGCUUUCUUCCUAGGCUUCCGAGGAGCUUCCUACGUGGACCCCACAUCCUCACACUUUGUACAGGUAGCUGUGGCCAUGCUCCUCAUGGGCAUCACAGGGCCCUUCACGGCCGCCGCGGGCGCAUUUCUCGGGAUGCUCAGUGGCGCAUUCCUGGGCUUUCUAGGAGGUCUCCUCCUGGCCCCUUUUACUUUUGGCAUCUCGAUCCCUGCGGCCGUGGCGAUUUGUGCGGUGCUUGGCGCAGCCAUCGAUGCCGCCACAGGUGCUUUGCUGGCGGCAUGUGCAAGUGGACUUGUCGUGAGGUAUCAUGGAUGGCUGCUGGCAGGCUUUCGUCGCGUGGUUUCUGCAGCAACAGAGGCUGUCAACAGAUUCCGAUGGCGACUUGCGACAUUCGUCGCCCCGGAAGCAGCCGAAAAGCCGGGCUCCUGGGCUACAGUGCCGGAGACGGACGCUGGCUGCGUGGAGCCCCCUCGGCGCAACCUGCGCCGCCGAAGGGCGGCGCGUGCGUAG